CGGAGAGAGCUGAGCACGGACGUCAGGAACAAAAGCUCCAGCGGAGUCUGGCGGAGGCACUAAGGGAGCACGGGGUGUUUUGAAUAAUUAUUAAAAUUAGCAUGUGUCUGCGCCAUCCUGUGGGUGUGGCGCAGAGAGGAGUGUAAACUCUAGCGGGGCUGGAGCAAACAUUGGAUUAGCGGCAGCAGCCUGCCAGCCUGCCCGAGGAGUGCUGGGACCAGCGCGCUGCACGCCGACUGGCACGAUGGCCUCAUCUCAGGGGAAAAACGAGCUGAAAUUAGCCGACUGGAUGGCAACUCUGCCGGAGAGCAUGCACAGCAUCCCCCUCACCAAUUUAGCCAUUCCAGGGUCUCAUGAUUCCUUCAGCUUCUACAUUGAUGAAGCCUCUCCAGUAGGUCCUGAGCAGCCAGAAACUGUCCAGAAUUUUGUCUCUGUGUUUGGAACUGUGGCCAAAAAGCUCAUGCGGAAAUGGUUAGCCACUCAGACAAUGAAUUUUACUGGCCAGCUAGGAGCUGGAAUUCGUUAUUUUGAUCUUCGAAUUUCCACCAAGCCCAGAGACCCCGACAAUGAACUCUAUUUUGCUCAUGGUUUGUUCAGUGCCAAAGUCAAUGAAGGCCUUGAGGAGAUCAAUGCAUUCCUCACAGAUCACCAUAAGGAGGUAGUGUUCUUGGACUUCAACCACUUUUAUGGGAUGCAGAAAUAUCACCAUGAAAAACUGGUCCAAAUGCUGAAAGACAUCUAUGGAAACAAAAUGUGCCCAGCGAUUUUUGCCCAGGAAGUUAGUUUAAAGUACCUGUGGGAGAAGGACUAUCAAGUGCUGGUCUUCUACCAUAGUCCAGUGGCUCUGGAAGUGCCCUUUCUCUGGCCUGGGCAGAUGAUGCCAGCACCCUGGGCCAACACCACAGACCCGGAGAAACUGAUCCAGUUUCUUCAAGCAUCCAUCACUGAGAGAAGAAAGAAGGGAUCGUUUUUUAUAUCUCAGGUGGUGCUGACCCCCAAAGCUAGCACUGUGGUCAAAGGGGUGGCAAGUGGCCUCAGAGAAACAAUCACAGAAAGAGCUCUUCCUGCCAUGAUGCAGUGGGUCCGCACGCAGAAGCCAGGAGAGAGUGGCAUCAAUAUUGUCACUGCCGAUUUUGUAGAACUUGGUGACUUUAUCAGCACUGUCAUAAAGCUCAACUAUGUCUUUGAUGAAGGAGAAGCCAACACUUGAUAGCACUACUUGGAGUUUCCAUGAAUAAGAUGGAGAAAGCUCAUUGUAUUAGGGCAUAUUAUCUGUAAACACUCUGAUCUUCCUAUUCCACUGAGUCUCUGAAGGGAAUAGGGCUGGUAGUGGGUGGGAAAAGGGGAAAAACUGUUUCUUCAGUGAUUACAAUCAUACUCUUCAUUACUAUAAAUAUUUCAUUUCCCAUUUGAUGAGCAAAAUCUACUUCUAGUGUUAGGAAUAAAAAAAAAAAAAAGACCAGUAACUUUGUUUUUCAAAAUUAGUCUUUGUAACAUAGAAUUCAUGAGUGUUUACUUGAUUAGGUUCUCUAUUUCCAGCCUAUGACUCCUACGCUGUCUAUACCCUGUAACCUUUCUGCUCCCUCUCUUGCUCGCUCUUUUUAAUCAGAUGCUGUAUGGGAAUCAAAACAAUUGAAUGCCCAACAUUUUGUGUAUUACAUUGUUGUCUUAAAACUUACUUGUUUUGUGGGACUUGUUAUAAUGCUCUAUAGUCAUCCGCAGUUGGGCAAUCAUAGCUAACUUUUGGUCAUAGAAAAUCUGCAUCAAAUCAGUUUCCAUGCAUCAGUAAUAUUGAAGGUCAUAAUCAGUGAUUUUUGUUAUAUGAAAAUAAUAGUGUUUCACAGUAUUUCUAUUUAAGGCAGCUAUAAAUAUAGGAGAAAAAUGUUUUUGGAGAGCUGUGAAUGCCAACUUCAGAGGGAAAAAUGGUUGAGGGGUGAAAGAGAUGUAUGGCAUUUUAAUUUGGCAAUCUCUUAAAUAAUAUUGCCCUGCAAGUACCCAGUAAAUGGUAAGGUACAAGUGUGUUAAAAUUGAAAACUCUGAAAAGAACUCUUUAAAAAGCCCUCUUAAUGAUGCUCUUGAUGAAAGAAAAAGACAGAAGGAAGGAAGGAAGGAAGGAAGGAAGGAAGGAAGGAAAGAAAGAAGGAAGGAAGGAAAGGAAGAAAGGAAGGGAGGGAGGGAGGGAGGAAGGGAGGGAAGAAGGGAGGGAAGGAAAGAAGGAAGGACGGGAGGAAGGAAGGAAGGGAGGAAGGAAGGAAGGAAGGAAAGAAAGAAGGAAGGAAGGAAAGGAAGAAAGGAAGGGAGGGAGGGAGGGAGGAAGGGAGGGAAGAAGGGAGGGAAGGAAAGAAGGAAGGACGGGAGGAAGGAAGGAAGGGAGGAAGGAAGGAAGGAAGGAAGAGAGGGAGGGAGGGAGGAAGAGAGGAAGGAAGAAGAAAAAGACUGCAAGCUUUCCUGCCAAUUUGGGAUUUUCAAAUAUUUAAUUCUAAAUUCCAGAUUUUAAGGAAGAUUUUUCAAGAAACUGCAAGUUUUUGACUUGAAGGAAAGAAAGAGGAAGGCUGGUAGAAGCAGUUAGAGCAAUGUGUUUGAAAUUAUGUCCAUGAAAUCACAGGGAUCUCUGAAAUAUCUUUAGGAAACUUGAAAUUUAUGAGGUCUGAAUGGACUUGUUUAAAAUUGGCUCUGACUCCUCACUUCUGAGUUUCAUCCUAUCCGAGGGAUGAGAUUAAGGCAGAGGCAAAAGUUUCACACAAAGUUUCUGCAACCUAACGUUUAAUAGUCCGGGUCUACAGGGAAGAACAAUGACACAGCUUGAGCGUUACUUCCUCCUUCGUGUCGUUGUGAUAUUUGACAACUCUAAAAAAUAAAAAAUAAAAAAACUUAGAGCACAAUAAUCCUUGCCUAUGUACUUCACAGGAAUAUUGUGAGGUGUUUAUAAAAUUAUAAAAUUUGAUGAAAUUCUUACAAUUAUGAAUUAUUUUAUUUUCAUGUUUAGAAAUAAUCACACCCCAAUAGUUUCCUAGGAUAAUACAGUCCAUGCAAAGUAGGGUCAUAGGGAAAUAAAAGCAUGCCCUCAGCUUUUAAUGAACUUAAAUGUAGCACAUAUGGCUUAAUCUCUUAGACUUAGAUAAGGGAGUUCAAUUCAAAACCAUAUAUGUCAAGACCAUAAAUAAUCAAGAGUUGAUUUCAAGAUUAUAAAUACUCAUGAUCAGAAAAUAGUACUUAUUAGCAAUUAAAGGGAGGAAAAGAAAUUGUUUAUACUGAAGAGAAUGUUUAUGAGGAGUGUGUAUGUACCUGUGGUAUACCAAAUAGCAUACAUGUACACACAAAAAUGUGUGUAUACAUUUGGGUUGUGUGUAUACAUCUUGCCAUAUACAAUAUACAAACAUAUGCCCAUUCCUGUGAUAGCAUACAAAUUCAAACAUACAGAAACACACACAGAUAUGGACACAAUACAAUUCUUCUUUUCAAAUGAAGACAUUGAUAAUAUUAAAUAAUUUAAUUUUAAGACUGAAACCCUUAAUAUUGUGUGAAAAAGAGUAAUAAAACCUUUGAAAGUAGAGUAGAUGAUCACAUUAAAGUAUUUUUGUAAAAGAAUUCUAGUGUAGGACUUAAUUAUUUUUAAAAUAUAUUUCUUCUCUUCUUUCCAUUUUCCCUUCCCUUGUAGUUUUAUUAUCUUUCUGUCUUUUACACCUGCUCUUUAUGUGAAAAUGUAUAUGAAUCCUUUUAAAAUGAUUAGGAUUAUUGAAAUGUAUGUCCCGUAAAUUUGGUUUUUGGGCAGACUUUCUCUCUAACUGGCUAUUCAUUCAUCCUUCAGGAGGAUCUUAGCCAAGAAUAUUUGCAAUGACACAUGAAUUUAAUUCUAUAAAUAUAAUGGAAAACAGAUUUUUCAUCAUAUCAUGAAUAAAAUAUAGAGGUAACUAUGUUGUAUUUUCUUGAACCUAAAUACUUUCUCGUAGUGUUUGCUUAGAAUUAACUUUGUCCUAUUUGUCAACUGGGUUCUGGAAAAAAACAAACAUGAUGAAGCUUUUGAAUAAUUGUGCAGUUUUUUAACUAGGGAAAGCUUUGUACUGCUGCUAAUGAUAUGCACCCAGAAACCUGGUUAGACAAAAGGCACUUUCAAGCCAAUGCUAUGGUUUCCAUGUGGACAUACAGUGCCUAUGUAGCAGGCACUUAGAGUAAAUGGACUUGCCUUAAUUUAUAAAGGAGGGAAGAGGUAGAAGGGAACCAUGGGUCCUCCAGCUAGAGGGGGAGUUUACUAAAAGGGAGUCCUUGGAAAGGGGAAUGGAGAGAAGGUGUCUUUGACUGUCUUCUAUCCAUUAGUUCUGCCCUGGAGCACACUGAGGAAGCAGGCUGUGGGCCUUCCAAAAGUAAAAAAUGGUGAUAUGCAAUCGAAGCUUAUCCUCAGCCUAUGCACAUUUGUCUCAGCUGGGCAUUGUCUUUUCAGAGAGCUUGUAGCACAAGGGCUACACAUGGGCGCCAAGAUGAUGGUAGAUACACCUUGGUGCACUUUUUGUUUUACUUGUUUCUUAAGACUAUUUCACAAGUCCUGUGAGGCAAAAAAACAAAACAAAACAAAACAACCAAACAAAUACAAUCUAACUUUUACCCAAUCUACAGCAGGAAAUCAAAGGAGUGGGUGGAAUGAGAGAAAAUAUGCAAAGAGAUCAUUUUUAAGUUUGCUUUCCUGUCUGUAAUUUUCAAGGACUAAUAUAGCAAAUUUUUCUUCUGCCAUUAUCAUUUAUGUCUCCCUAUUUACCACACAAUCAUGUAAAUGCAGAGAAUGAGGAGGCAUCUUUUAAAAGCCUUAGGAUAUUCUAUAUGAUGACCUCAAUAUUGACUUUCAGCCAUACUGGGAAAACUUACUUUUCAUGGAGUGCCACCUAACAGUGAAUGUAUUAGAGUAUAAAAUGUUUGCCAUGUAUACACCUGUAUGUGCACAUACACACAUUACACACACACACAGAAUGCACAUUUCACACACAUAUACUUAUUAUUCAAGUUGAAACUGCACUCUAAUCAAUCUGAUUCUAUUGCUGUUUCAACUCUUAAAAUCAAUAUCUCCUACAUUAGUAGAUAUAAACAUAAUUCAAAUAUUUAAAUAUUUAAGAGGAGAAAAGUAACUAGAAAACCAAUGAAAAGUGAGGCCAUCAGAAAUAGAAAAUGCCUGGCAUGAACAGUCUAUCUAAAUUCUCAAUUUCACUUCAAAUUAGAGAAUCCAUAAUGGACUAGAAUAUAAAUUACAAACACAUACACACAUCUUCACUUAAAGUUGUUUUAAGUUCUUUGAAGUUCUGACAUGUUUUUAGCCAGGGUUAUUUGUUCAGGUUCUUCCUUGUUAGGAUUCCAGACUGGAAAGUUGGAAGUCUCAGGAAAUGCAUGUUUCCAUGAGUUUUUUAGUUUCACAGUUUUACAGAUCCAACGACACAAUCUUUUAAUCUUUGGUCACUCAACCAAACAGGAGUUCCGUAGGCAGAGUGUUCACUUUGAAUUGCUAAUAGAAAAUAAUGCACAUCGUCCUCAGGAUAUGCUAAACAAGGUUUUUAAGAGCAUUUUAUUUUACAGCACUUUAGUCUUUUCAGCUAGAUUUCAGUGACACCACGGUGUAAAUGCUAUAUCUGCCAUAACUUAUUGGUGGCUCCUGUGUUACAUACAGUUUUAAAUAAUGCUCUAAAUUGUUUGUUUUCCCAAUGAUAAUGAUAAAGUGUUCUGUAGAAUUUGUAAAACAUGUCAAUUGAAUCUGUUGAAAAUUGUGUAAUUGUUAUUUCAAUUGUGAUACUAUUUUGUAGGUAAUAGUUUUAAACGUAUAUUUGUAUAAGUCAAAAGUAUGUGCUUGUAUGUGGUAUGUGUGUGUAAGUAUAUAAUAUCUUAUCAAAAACCAAACUUAUCCUAAAGAAAAAGGGCACAUUUUGACCAGCCUUAAUUUAUUAACACUUUUUUGUUGUUUUUGCAAUUUGGAUUUAAAAUUGAAACCGAAAUUAAGUUUUUGUUAAAAAUGGUGUCUUUUAAUUUUGUGAGGAAUGGGCUUUACAACCUAUCUGAGUUCCCACAAGCAAACUGUCCAGCUUGUGAGGUACCCCAUUGCUUUUCGUAAUAAUCAAACAUCAAUUCAUAUAUUAACUUCAUUUUCAUACAGACUAAUUUGUUUUCAUCAACAAUAGAACCAGUACACCUUUAAAGUUGACCUUCCCAACAUGGCACCCAUUUUUCUUUAAUGAUAAAUUUUCCAUGAAAAAUUGUUUCUCCAAACCAUUACUUUCUAAAAUUCAAUCUUCUCAAGUUAAAUGAACUGCCUUGGUGUUAGGAGAGCUUUUAAAGGCCCAUCCAUACUAGGUGGUUCCAACAUGGUUCUCUUCUCGAGAAAACAAGCAUGCAACCCACACACUUUUCUGGUCUUCCCCACGUGUAGAAUUAGUCUAGCAAUAGAAAACUCAUGACUGACAAGGAUCUACACAUGUGGUCAUGCUUGAAGCAAAAAUUCUGUGACCUUCUUUGGGCUUGGGAUCUGAUUACAGAAUAUUAAUUAACUUUCUUAUUUCCUUUCUUUCUCCAUCCUUAGUUAUUCCUUUUCAAUAUUUAGAGUUGCCAGGUAAAAUACAGGAUAUCCAGUGAAAUUUAAAUUUCAGAUAAACAAUAUUUCUUUAGCAUAUUUCUCAUAUAUUUUAUCAGACAUAUUUUCACUUUAAAAAAAGUUUAUCUGAAAUUCAAAUGUAACUGGGUAUGUCCUAUAUAUUUUUUCCUAAAUCUCACAAUUCUAUCCACACUGCCUUUCUAUCUUUUUCAGCUGGGCUAUCUAUCAGGGGGGAGAUCUACCUCCCUCCAUACCCUUGUGUUCAGACACCUUAUGAAUAUCUGCAGUCAUAAUGUCCUUCAAGAAGGAAAACAUUGGUCAGCUCUAGGUCCUGCAAAUGCUUUUUGAAGGACGAACUCAAAUACAGAUGGGAUAAUCAAGUAAAUAUCUUCAUAGGAUCAAUGCCACCAUGUUCAACACUUCCCUUUGCCAGUCUGUUGUGAGGUCCAAGUUUCCCCAUUAAUCCCUUAUAUAGCAUUUCCCAGUAACUGGGACAACCAAAAACACACCGACAUAUUAGAAAUGCUCCUGAAAAGUGGCAACACUGCCUAACUCAGUACCAGGACCUCUUUUAAAUUCAAUUUCUUUUUUCUUUCAGAGAGAUAACAAACGAAUUCAUUAUUUCCCCCAUUCACAUCUUACCACAAAUUAUUUUUAUCAGGUUAAAACUGGUCAUCUACGGAAUUGUAGAAAGGUGACAUAGGAACUGUCUUCACUGCUGGAAGAAUAAAAGAGUCUGAGGUAUAGACACUGCCCUGGUGACACCUUCUCAGAACAUUGUUGGGGGACAGGGGAGGCAGGCGCAAGUAGGGGAUAGAAUCUGACCCUGACAUGCAGCUAUCACCUGGCAGAGAGACUCGUCAAAGCAAAUUAUAACGACCAGUACUAUUUUUUUUUGGAAUUGAAAACCCAAGAAGCCCUAAAAUAAGAACAGUGAGAUCAAAGGCUGGUUUCUAAAACAAUGCAGAAAAUAGAACCAUGUUGGAAUUCCUAAAUUCUAGCUUUCAAAUACUCCUGUUUCCAACAGUGAAUCCUUGACAGAGAUGGAAUUUUGAAACAUUUUCAGUAGCUACCUCCUCUCCUGAAAUUCCUAUAAGUGGCAGAGGAAAAUCCAAAUCCUUUAAUAUAACAUGUCCAUCUCAUGACUCCUGCUUACACACAUUUGUGUUGAUUUGCUUCAUUUCUGGAGGAUGGGAAUUUGCAGAGCUGGUGACAUUUCCUUCAUUAGACACCAGAAAUUCACCAGAGAGAGACAUAUCUGUGCCUUCUCUUUUUAGGAUCUGGUUAUUGAUACUUUAAUAAAUGUGGUGUAAAGAAAAUCCAUGGCUACAGUCUGUAUAGAAAAUGUGAAUUUUUAAAAUAAGAUUGUGUUCUUAAUGUAAAAAAAAAAAAGUUUAUUUGUAUUCAGUGAAAUGCCUAAUAAAGUCCUGGUACCAAUUA